AUGCAAGCCCAACUAGAUGAAGAGUAUAAAGAGCGUUUGAGUAACGCCCCUCUACCCUGCGAGGCUGCACAGCAUAAGCAGUGUAAAAAGGAGAGGAAGAUGGGCAAGAUGCCUAAAAUGGGUAAACCGUCGAAGGGUGUAGCUGCAUCGUCUUCUUCUAACUGGGGUUCAUCCCGGCCCCCGUCUAAGAGUGAACAGCACCUCGAAAGUGCUGAAGAGAAUUUAGCUCAUGAAAUGGCGGCUCAUGGGAUCGUCUUGAAGACUGCUAAAGUGAAGGGCCACCAACCCGGCCGACAACAGCAGCAACAGCGGAGUCGUCGCAAGACGAUGGUAUCUUUGCAGCGCACUGCGAAGAUUAUUGAGUAUCAGCUGGUGAUAUUUACUCGAGAGUUGCUCGAGUCAAUCGUCAUUGACACUGUCAUAAGCGUCUGA